CAAUUCCAAAAGCACUGACGUCACGCAUUUGCGACCAAUGAGGUUGAAGGCGACCAUCGGCGCAGCACAUUUGAAUUAGUGUAGAGCUAGCAAAAAAAAAAAAAAAAUUAAAAAAGAAAAAGAACAUACGGCAUUAUUUUUGUGAGCAGUCGUUGAACCAAAACAACAAGGUUGAAAGGAGAAGCGGCAGGGAGAUGGAGCGUCGCCCUAACAGCAAUGCGAUUUCUCUGCUGGACGAGAAGUUCGACUUCGAUGUGACUCUGUCACCUGACGGCUCUACGUGUGAUGAAGAACAGGAUGAGGUGUUUUUGGAGCCAUCUCACCAUCCGGUCUCCCACCUGGAGGAAGGGGCGGACGGCGCGGGGACCGGCUGGAGUCCGAUUUCCGGGGACCAGCUGGACGCCGUCUGCCAGGAAGCCAAGCAAUUAGCCGAUCAGCUGCGGCGCGGCAAGUGGCGCCGCGCAAAGGACGAGGCCGCCGACCCGGCGACCGCCUCCCCGGCCCGGCAGGACGGGGAGCGCUUCGUCCGGGACAACGCCGCCAAGCUGGUUGUGCUGGGGUCGGCCCCCGACCCGUGCAGCCCCGUCAAACGUCGCACCUUCCUGGUGCAGGACAGCCCCAUGAAGGACCUGCCCCCGGCCGUGCGGGAUCGCGUGCAGAGAGCCCGUCUGGGACCCUCCGCCGCCCCGCCCGCUCGCCUCUCCGCUCGACUCGGCACCUCCAGCCCGGGCGGCGGCGUCAAGACCAGCGCGGCGCUCCGGGGGAAAACGGGCCUGGGGGCCAUCCUGCCCAGCAAGCCGGCCGCUCCCAGGACUUCCUCUUCAGCCAGCAAAGGCGUCGCCCCCCAGAAAGUUCGAGUGCCCAAGCAUGGCAAAGCGCCGUCGGGUUGUAAACAGAGUCCGAGUUCCGAUCUCGCCAGCCGGGCCAAGUCCUGCGAGGAUAUCGUGUCGGAUUCCGCCAGCGUGGCCUCCGAUGUCAGUGACUCGUCCCUCAACUCCAGCGUCGCGGGGAAGAAGCGCAUGCUGGCUCCGCCCACCAAGGUGGUGAGGCGGAGGUCCGGUGUGAAGGCCACGCCUCUUCAGAGUGGGAAGACAACAGAAAGACGCAACACGUCCUCGUCAUCAUCCUCCGUGUCCAGCUUCAACUCCAGCCUGUCCCUGUCGCCGGCUACAGGCAAGCUGAACUCUGCGAACCGCGGCGUGAGCCCCUCCAGCGGCCCAGUUCUUUCCGGCAACGUCGGGCGACCCGUGAAUCCAAAGAAACGUCCCUCCGGAAGCGCCGUCGUCGGAAGGACCGCGGCGUCGGCGUCGCCGUCUUCCUCCGUCGCCGCCGGCCGCACGCUAGCCGGCCCAGCCAGGAAGUUGUCAGAGCCUGGCAAGGCCGCGAGGACCACGCCGCAACACCACACCACACCCGCAAGAAGAACCUUGGACAAGACUUCUCCGGCCACUGCGUCUGCUCAAAUUCAAAGUGGAGUGAAGGCAAAAAGCAAAGCUGCUGCUGCUGCUGCUGCAGCAGUAGGCCAGACACCGGCGACCAGCAAAGGAGCACCGGGACAAGGUUUUUGUUCUCCAGAUGUUUCCAUGGUGCCCAAACCAAAGAGACUCACGUCAGUGGCUGUGGACAGCCUCCCUCGAAAACCUUGCGGCGCACCGACGCCCUCCGCAGGGGUAAGCAGGCCUCCGCGUUUGUGUUCCCAGCGUCCUUCCGCUCUCCCCACGCCGCUCAGACGCCGGGCGUCGGGCAUCCCCACGCCGACGUCAACCGGCCUCACCGGGACCUCCAGACCCUCCGGAACGUCGGCCGCCUCGGUCUCGGACUGCUCGAGCAGGACGUGGCUGAGUCCUGCUGCAGCGGAUUCUAACAGAGUGGAGCCGGUCCACAUUCAGCCUUUCUGCCUGGAGGACGAGGAGCGUCCCGUCGACGGCAGCCAAUCGGAGAGCGAGGAGCCGCCCGGUCGCGGCCAGUCGGAACCCGUCGAAGUUCCCAUCCAGACCGAGGUCCUCCUGCUGGACCUUCCUGCUCCGUCGCCCCCAGCUCACGAGAAACUGCUCAUAGACCUGAUCAACACUCCAGACUUGAUCCGCAACAGAACCAAGAACUGUGCCGCUGUGCAGCAUUUGAUCGACUUAAGUUCGCCGCUCAUCAAGUGGAGUCCGGAAGACAAGAAGGAGAACGGUGCCUUGCUCAUCAACUUAUCCUUCUGAAAUUGCCGCGUGAAAACAAGGAAUGCUUCCUGUUUGUCAUUUUAUUCGUGUCGCUGCUCUUAAGAAUUCAUAUUGAAAUAAAUGGACAUGUAAUAUA